AUGCCUCUGCCCAGUCGGAAGCCGUUGGGUCAUAUCUCCCUAAAUACUGCUGGAAGAUUCAGCAGGGGAAGGUACAAUCGCAAACCCUCCACUUUUUCUCAGCAAAUCAUUCUUCAUCCAAACAGAAGAGAAGAGCGAAGAAAAUUACGACUAGCUGACUUCGAGAUAGGGAAACCCUUGGGUAAGGGAAAGUUGGGAAAGGUCUAUUGUGCAAGACAUAAGGCGUCUGGAUAUAUAUGUGCAUUAAAAGUUAUGUCCAAGAGUGAUCUUGUCCGUCAUCAGCUUGAGAAUAAUCUUCGACGCGAGAUCGAAAUUCAACGAAAUCUAGUACACCCAUACAUCAGCAGGCUAUACAAUUUCUUUUACGAUGACGACAACGUUUACUUGAUACUUGAGUAUGCAGUGCAUGGCGAGCUCUACCAUCUACUAAAAAUGUACCGUCGCUUCGAUGAUGUCACAGCAUCCAAUUACAUAUAUCAGGUCUCCGUUGCGCUACAGUACCUCCACUCUAAGGGAGUGAUUCACCGCGAUAUCAAGCCAGAAAACAUACUCCUUUCUGCAAAUAAAACCGUGAAGCUCAGUGACUUCGGCUGGUCCGUGAACUCAGAGCUUUCAGGUCUGGGACGCCGACUCACGCUUUGUGGCACUUUGGAUUACCUCCCUCCAGAGAUGGUUGAGUCAAAAGAACAUGAUCUUUCUGUUGACUUGUGGCUGCUUGGAAUUUUGACUUAUGAAUUCUUGGUUGGGCGCCCCCCAUUUGAGGAGGUCGACAAAACCGCCACGUACAAACGAAUUGCCAAAGUAGACUUGCAGAUCCCCGGAUUCUUGAACGCAGAAGCUGCGAGUUUCAUCAAGCAACUUCUACAAAAAGAUCCCAAGAAUAGAUUGACCUUGAAAGAUAUCGAAAAUCAUCCAUGGAUGGUACAAAAUAGGCCAUAUUGGCCAAAGUCCACGUCUCUUGCUUGA